GAUGUGUUGUGCUGUCUCUCUGUGUGCUACAUUGACGGAGCUGGUCGGUAAAAGGCGUCGCUAGUAAACAUCACAAGAAAGCCAAAAACACUCAGCGGACAUCACAAACCUGAAAACACCGACGUAUCACCUCCUCUCUCCGGUUCACACAGAGCCCGCCGGUGCUGCUGUAACCGUCCGUGGUUGUCACGGUAACUGUUGUCAAGGGUCUGUCGGGGCGUUAGCCAGCUAGCAUAGCCACCUAGCCACAUUAGCAUUAGCAUUAGCAUCAGACGACACAGAAAGAGAGAUGAUAGCGCUAAUCAACAAGCUGCUGGACUGGUUCAAGGCGCUCUUCUGGAAGGAGGAGAUGGAGCUGACCCUGGUGGGGCUGCAGUACUCCGGGAAGACGACCUUCGUCAAUGUGAUAGCAUCUGGCCAGUUCAGCGAAGACAUGAUUCCUACAGUUGGAUUCAACAUGAGGAAGAUCACCAAGGGCAACGUCACCAUCAAGUUGUGGGAUAUCGGCGGUCAGCCUCGGUUCAGGAGCAUGUGGGAGCGUUACUGUCGAGGAGUCAGCGCUAUCGUCUACAUGGUGGACGCAGCAGAUCCAGAGAAGAUCGAAGCCUCCAAGAACGAACUCCACAACCUGCUGGACAAACCGCAGCUGCAGGGAAUUCCUGUUCUGGUUCUGGGCAAUAAGAGGGACCUACCAGGAGCUCUGGAUGAGAAGGAGCUCAUAGAGAGGAUGAACCUGUCGGCCAUCCAGGACAGAGAGAUCUGCUGUUACUCCAUCUCCUGCAAGGAGAAAGACAACAUCGACAUCACUCUUCAGUGGUUGAUCCAACACUCCCGGACUAAGAGGAGUUCCUGAGAACAGACACGUCCCCCAACAGAACAGGCCACGCCCACCUGUCCUAACACACACUUGCUCUUUGAUCAACCCCCCACCCAUAACCUCCCAACUAUCCCUCCUCCAUCUACCCCAUCCUCAUAUUAAUACCUCCUGACCCCUUCACCUCGGGAUGCACUGAUACUUCGUUUUUGUUAUUUAUUGAAUAAAGUAUCAAAGCAGGAAGAUCAUGUCAAACACCAAA